AUGAUUCUGCUCACACCACGUGACAAAGGAGUCGACCACAGCCCAGUACUCUGUCACAUCAUCCCUGCUGAUGCAUCCAACCACCGCAGAGUCAUCAGAAAACUUCUGAAGAUGGCAGCUGUUAAAAACAUAAAGAAGAAGAAUUCCAUCAAGAAUGACGAGACCAGAGUUAAUCGGUUUUCUGUUUUAAAAAGUUUCAGAAGGUCAUUUAAGGGCAAGGCAUCAAUAAAACGUCCUGCUGACAUCUCAGAGCCCAUUGACAGUGCUGUCCUCAGAUACCUAGCUCAAAAUACAUCAGCAGCAGAGGCCAUUUGCAGUGAAAUGGAAAAAGAUUUCUGUAUCAUAAACCUCGGCCAAACUACUGUGACCUUGAGUCCUGUAUCUUCUUUACUAAAGCAAAAGGAUGCCAAAGCCAUCAUCAAAGAGUGGACUGGUACUGUGAAGUCAGCGUUUGCACAAUCUGUGUCAAAGUUCAAAUCUGUGAAGUUCAAUCCAGAUUCAGAUGCAUGGGAAGAGUCUGAGAAAAAGAUCAGAGAGAUGUUACUGAAUGAAAAUGUGAUUGUAGUACCUGAUAAAGACAGAGGUGCUUUAUCAGUAGCUGGUCCUGUUAGUGAUGUCAACAGACUGGAGAAAUCUCUUUCUGAAAUUAUUAACAAGAUCCACAGGAAGAAAUCAAGUAAAACUGUAGAGAUCCAAGUGUCACCAUCAGUUUUCCAUCUCCUGUGUCAAAAUGGGCUUUUGGACAAACUUCUACUUGUGUAUCCAGAGCUCAAGUUGUCACCAGAGAGUCCUAAUCUGAAAAUAACUGGCUUAGGGGAAGAGAUUAAUGCAGCAAUCAAUGUUAUAUUUGAUGCAGUACUUGCAUUAAAACGACAUAAUUUGGAAAUAGAUAAAAAUGUGCUUGAACUGUUGAAGGAUGAGCAACAAGAGGAGCUUACAGAUGCUCUCCUCACAUCUCGUCAAAUAAACGCAGCAUUUGAAAUCAGUGGAAACAGGGUGCAGCUCCUUGCCAUGUCUGACAGAGAUCUGUCUCAUGCUCAGGACCAUCUAGGACAGCUGUUAACAUCUCAGUACAUUAAUGUUGAAGACAGUAACGUCCUGAAGAAGCCAGAGUGGCAGCAGCUGGUCAGUCACUUAGAGCAGGCUAACAGUAAGCCAUGCAGAACUCGAAUCAACACAACUGCUCAACAAGUCGUGGUGUCAGGCUACAAGGAUAGUGUCAUAAAAGUUCAGCAUCAGCUUGGUGACUUCUUAACACAGAACGCUCACAUUGAAGAAACUGUUGUGGUCAAAGCUAAUGCUGUCGUUGAAUACUUGAAAGAUUUCAACACAUCUUGGAUGGAGAAAGUGAAAGACAUGGUGAGAGUGUCUUACAGAAAUGAGGCCAUCUGCCUGAGUGGAUCCAGAGUGAAUGUGACACAUUGCAAGACUGUGGUUGAAGGUGCCGUCUCUGCUGUAGUCUUUGACAGUCUGAAUGUCUGCAAGUCUGGAGUGAAGAAUCUCUACCAGGAAAAUGAAACACUGUAUGUUUCUGCAAUCAAAACUAAAACUGGUUGCCUGGUUCAACUGGUUGAUAAGCCAGGUGGUGGACAAGACAAUGAUGACACUGCUGUUCAGGAUAUGGUGGCUGCUGUCAGGCAGGAGUUUGGAAACCACAGUGUCACUCAUUCUCAACAAACUCCUCCUCCCAAAGCUCACAAGGCAUCAGUUUUUCAGCCUGCUGGAUUGGACCAAUACUUGUAUCAUGUGCAGACAAAUGAAGGCCUGGACAUUGUUCUUACAAAGGGAAAUAUAGAGGCUGCCGUGACAGAGGUGAUUGUGAACAGUGUGCCUCCAGACCUCAACCUGAACAGUGGUGCAAUUUCAAAAGCCAUCUUGCGUGCAGCUGGACCCAAACUUCAGCAGUCAAUAAAUGCACAGGGUGCUGCUGGAAAGGUUGGUGAGAUCAUUGUUACUGAAGGCUGCCAACUAAACAGCAAAAAAGUUUUUCACUUAAUUGCACCUUACUGGGAUAAGGAUCAUGGCACAUCUGAAGAGUGUUUGCAAGGAAUCUUUAUGGAUUGUUUAGACAUGGCAGAGAAUAAUAAUCUAACCUCCAUAUCCUUGCCAGCAAUUGGCACUGGAAACCUGUGUUUCCCAACAACUGUCGUAGCUUCUUUGAUGUUGGAUACAAUCUUAGAAUUUAGCAAAAUGAGACACCCCAAGCACCUGAAGAUGGUUGUGAUUGUACUUUACCCAGGUGAUACACAGUGUAUUCAGGAUUUCAGUGAGGAAUUUAAGAAGUUUCCGAAUGCCUCAGGAGAUUCAAGUUCAACAAAAGGCCCCUUCUCUAAGCUCACCUCGACCUCAGAUAUGCAUGAGACUAAAAUGGGAAAUGUGACUAUACAGGUAGUCACAGGAGACAUAACCAAAGAGACCACGGAUAUUAUUGUCAACUCUUCCAAUGAAAACUUUUCCCUCAAGUCAGGAGUCUCUAAAGCUAUUCUAGACGCAGCUGGUAAGGCUGUUGAAGUGGAAUGCAACCAUUUAGGUGCCAAGUCCAAUCCAGGCAUGAUAAUGACUCAGCCAGGUAACCUAAAGUGUAAGAAGAUCCUUCACGUGGUUGGAGAUUCUGACCCAGUAAAAAUCAACAAGGUUGUGAAAGAUGCACUUCAGAUGUGUGUGAAAAGCUCCUACACCUCUGUAUCAUUUCCUGCAAUUGGCACAGGUCAAGGUAAUGUAAACGCAAGACUAGUAGCAGACGCCAUGUUGGAUGCAGUGAUUGAUAUGUUGAGUCAAAAUACCUCCAGUCCCCUGACCACAAUCCGCAUAGUUAUUUUCCAGAAAGCUAUGCUAAAAGACUUCCACAGCAGCAUGGAACAGAGAGAAGCUACUGAUCCUAAUCCUAAGGAUAAAGGACAGGGGACCUGGGGAGGCAUUGGCAUUGGCAAAGUCCAAGGAAUGUUUACUGAUGGAAAUACUGAAAAACCAAAGAAAGAGAAAGACUGCACAAGUGAAGUUCAGAAAGCUGAUGCCACUUGCUUCCAUAUUUGUGGUGCCACUCAGGCUGAUGUAGAUUUAGCCAAGAAACUAUUGUUUCAAGAACCUGAGACCACCACAAUUGAGGACGAAGCCAUUGGUAAAUUCUGUGAUGCAGAUCACCAGAAAAUUGAUGACAUGGAGAAGACCAUGGGUAUAAGCAUAAAAAUAGAAAACACUAAAGUCAAGCUCACUAUUGAAGGACUGAGCAAUGAUGUGCUUAAAGCUAACUCUGAGAUCAAUAUGAUGCUAAGCAGGAAAAGAGAGGGUAUUCCUGAGCAGUGGGAACGCAUGCCAGCUGAGGCCACAUGUCAGGCUUUUGCAGUACAAGCCAAGACAUCAGAAUAUGAUGAAAUCCUGAAACAUUUUCAGGCCUCAUGCAGUGGAACUGUUACAAAGAUUGAGCGGAUCCAGAACCCUGGAUUGUGGAAGAGUCUAGAGAUUAAGAAGCGUGAGAUGGAGGUGAGAAAUGGUCAUCAGAAUAACGAGAGACGUCUUUUCCAUGGUACCUGCGACAGAGCUGUGCCAAAUAUUAAUGACCGUGGCUUCAACAGGAGCUAUGCAGGAAAGAAUGCUGCAUUAUAUGGCAAUGGCACAUACUUUGCUGUCAAUGCUAGUUAUUCUGCCAUCGACCAAUACUCCAAGCCAAAUCAGAACGGGGAAAAGUUUAUAUACGUCUGCCGAGUUCUGACUGGUGACUUCACUCUUGGAAAGAAAGGCAUGAUUGAACCACCAGCAAAAGGCACCGCCUCCACUGACCUGUACGACAGUGUUGUGGACAACCUGACCAAUCCCACCAUGUUUGUUGUCUUCCAUGAUGCCCAGGCUUAUCCAGAAUAUUUGAUUACAUUCAAGUGA